CGCCGAGGUCGCCGACGGCGAUAUAAACUACGUUAAAUCCGACAUUUUACCCCUCCGCGGAACUACCGUCGCCUCGUCGGGGGGCUCCGUCUCACUCCGGGCUAAUUGUGACUCAAAAGUUAGCUCUUGCUGAAGUUCCCCAAGAACUGGGCUAAUUCCUGUGCUGUAUGACAACCUUGCUGAGAAACUCAAUGGGGACAUGGAGGCAGUGUGAUUCUUGACACUCUACAGAAACACAUUCCACUUGGCUGUCCUGCUAUGAGGACCGCUAUAGAAAAGCAGCAGUCUAUGCAAUGAGUCUGUGACAGACGUCAUAAUGGACUUUUUUGGUGACACAAACCUUUUUGAGGGCUUGACUCAGGAUUUGGCUCAGGACUGCUUCAGCUCCGAGCCUGUUUCCUUAGCGGAUGAGCUCGACCUUGGCCCAGGGUUUGAUCCGCUUCAGAUGAAUCCAGUGGAGCCUGAGAAACACCCUGGAAUGGUGGCGAGUUCUGUGCCCUCGGCCAGCCAGCAUGGGGUACACUACAGUCAACAGAUGGGUCAGUUUGACGGUAUGAAGGUCCAGACCUCCAUGGCACAGUCCUAUUCAAGUCCAGUGGGCAACAACAGCGUUGGGGGACCUUUCCUGACCCAGUCAUCCCAUUUUCAAGAGCCGUCCCUGAAUCAAACGCCUCAGACCAACGGACUAUAUUCCAGUAACAGUCCAAUAUGGGCGGAGCAGAGAGCAAACGCCUACCAACACCAGCAAAUUCACCAUCAGCACCAACCGCUGCAGCAGCAACAACAACAGCAGCACCACCUUAAGCAGCAGAUGCAUCCGCCCCAGUUUCCGCAUCAGCUUCCACACUGCCAGGCUCAGCAACAGCGCCAACAUCAGUACGGUCAGCAACACCCGCAUCUCCAGCAGAGACGGCAGGUGCUCGGUCAGCAGCAGUUGUCUGCCCGGCACCAGAUGCCACACCAGCAACUGCACCAGCACAGCAAGGCCUACCAGGACCACCACAGCUUCUACUACCCAGGCAGCGCGGACUCUCACCAAAGCCACCACGGCUCGAUGAAUUCGGAGGGGAGCCCCCUUUAUUCGGGCGGUGAACAGGGUCCUCGCGCGCAGUCUGGACCUUACAUGGAGGUGCCGAUGAUUCCUGCGACAUCUCAGCAGCAGAGUAGGUACCAGCUGGCCCAGGGGGUGCAAGGGUUCCCUGCGGUCCCUGAGGUGGAGGACAGUAACCUGGGGUUCCAUGUUCAGUCUUCCCCUGGAGCCUACACCCUGUCUUCCUGCUCAGCCAGUCUUGCUUCGUCCUACCCUUCUCAGUACCCCUUCCCUGGUCAGCCUUCUGCGGUGGUAAACGCGACCCAGCCGCCUCAAGCCGCCUUGACAAAGACCACGGCAGCCAUGCCGUCUGCUUCCGGUCUUGGCGGCAGCGAGUCCGGCUGUCCCUUCUUGGCAGAUCCGGUAAUGGAGCAGCAGCAAAGGACUCAGAACCAGGGACCUGGGCCCUGGAAGCCCGCACCGGACACGUACGGUACCGCCGAGAUGUUCUCAGAGGGCCUGAACUCUUUCGCCGGCGCAAACGGCCACUUCUCGCAACCGAACAAAGGCUGCGACAACCAGGGCGUGACCAGUGGUGGGUUUCAGGGUCUGGCUGAGGCACUGUUGGAUCAUCCGCACGGGGGAAUCGAGGGGCUCGGUGAUGGGCAUGAUCUUCUGGGGGAUGAGCUGUUGCCCCAGCUCGAAGCGUUUGUUCAGGAAGAGACCUCCAACAGGUCCUGGAGCAACGCGAGACCAGGUGAAGACCCAAACGAGGAACCCGAGGACGACGAGGAAAGAGAAGAAGACAUGGCUUAUGAAGAAGCGCUGUCUUUGUGUUAUGAGUCACAGCCUCCUAAGAACAGUAAUGGUCCAAGCAGUCAGGCCCGGUUGCUCAGCCCGCCGAUGAAGAGCGGCUCCUCCUCGUCCUCCUCGUCCUCGCGCUCCUCGGCGUCGGAGAGGCGCGCUCACAAGCGGCAGCAGAUGGAGGUGCCAGCCCUGGAGGACAAGCAGCAGAAAGCCAACCGCAUCAUCUCGGAGGCUAUCGCCAAGGCGCGCGAGCGGGGCGAGAAGAACAUCCCGCGGGUCAUGACCCCCGACAGUUUUCCCUGCUCCUCCCAGCUCCACGCUCAUCGCGCAAGUGCCAGGCCCAGGGCCCAGGAGAAGAGCUGUAAGAAGGCACGCAUCGUCACCUCCUCCAAGCCCAAGCAGAAGACCAAGAUUGGAAAAAUUGUGAUCAAGUUCAGCAAAAAGAAGAAACGCAAAACGGAGUCUUCAGAGGAGCUGUCUGACGACGAGCCCCCGCCCCGGCGACCCUCCAAAGACAAGGACUCCAAGCGGCGGUCGAACAGGCAGGUGAAGAGGAAGCGUUACGUCGAGGAGCUCGACGCUCGUGUGUCCGACGACGAUGUGAAGGAGCUCGUUAAAGCCAAGAAGCUGAACUCCAGCGCUCCCAGAGAGCCUGCGCUGCAGCUGUUCGUGGAGAACCCCAGUGAGGAGGACGCGGCGGUGGUGGAUAAGAUCAUGGCCUCGCGCGUGGUGAAAAAAGAGGUGUCGCCAGGGGUCAUGGCUGAAGUGGAAGAGUUUUUUGUGAAGUACAAAAACUACUCUUAUCUGCAUUGUGAGUGGUCUACAGAGCAGCAGUUGGAAAAGGACAAGCGAAUACAGCAGAAAAUCAAGCGUUUCAAGAUUAAACAGGCCCAGAGAGCACACUUCUUUGCUGACAUGGAGGAGGAGCCGUUUAACCCCGACUAUGUGGAAGUAGACAGAGUCCUGGAGGUGUCCUUCUGUGAAGACAAGGACACUGGAGAGCCCGUGGUGUAUUACCUGGUGAAGUGGUGCUCUUUGCCCUAUGAGGACAGCACAUGGGAGCUCAAGGAAGAUGUGGACCAGAGUAAGAUUGAGGAGUUUGAGCAGCUGCAGGGAGUGAGACCAGACUGCAGGAGAGUGGAGCGGCCCCCGGCCUCUCACUGGAAGAAGCGCGAGCACUCUCGGGAGUAUCGGAACGCUAACAGUCUCAGGGAUUACCAGCUGGAGGGUGUCAACUGGCUGCUCUUCAACUGGUACAACAGGCGUAACUGUAUCUUAGCCGAUGAGAUGGGUUUGGGGAAGACCAUCCAGUCCAUCACGUUUCUGCAGGAGAUCCACUGUGUGGGCAUCAAGGGCCCCUUCCUCAUCAUCGCUCCCCUCUCCACCAUUACCAACUGGGAGCGCGAAUUCCGCACGUGGACGCACCUCAACGUCAUCGUCUACCACGGCAGCGUGCUCAGCCGACAGAUGCUUCAGCAGUACGAGAUGUACUUCAGGGACCCCCAGGGGCGUGUGGUCAGGGGGACGUACCGGUUUCAGGCAGUCAUCACCACGUUCGAGAUGAUCCUGGGAGGGUGUCCGGAGCUCAACGCCAUCGACUGGCGCUGUGUGAUCAUAGACGAGGCGCACAGACUGAAAAACAAGAACUGCAAACUCCUGGAGGGCUUCAAACUUAUGAGCCUGGAGCACAAGGUGCUCCUCACAGGCACUCCGCUACAGAACACGGUGGAGGAACUCUUCAGUCUGCUGCACUUCCUGGAGCCCACGCGCUUCCCCUCUGAGAACACCUUCAUGCAGGAGUUUGGAGAUCUGAAGACAGAAGAACAGGUGCAAAAGCUGCAGGCUAUUCUGAAGCCAAUGAUGCUCCGUCGGCUGAAGGAGGACGUAGAGAAGAAGCUCGCUCCCAAGGAGGAGACCAUCAUCGAGGUGGAGCUCACCAACAUCCAGAAGAAGUACUACCGUGCCAUCCUGGAGAAGAACUUCUCCUUCCUGGCCAAGGGAGCAGGCCAGGCCAACGUCCCCAACCUGGUCAACACCAUGAUGGAGCUCCGGAAAUGCUGCAACCACCCCUACCUCAUCAAAGGGGCAGAGGAAAAAAUUCUGGAGGACUUUCGUGAGGUGUACAGCGCGGCGUCCCCGGACUUCCACCUGCAGGCCAUGGUGCAGUCCGCCGGAAAACUGGUUCUCAUUGACAAGCUGCUGCCCAAGAUGAAGGCAGGUGGACACAAAGUUCUCAUCUUCUCCCAGAUGGUGCGCUGUCUCGACAUCCUGGAAGACUACCUCAUCCAGAGACGAUACCUCUACGAGCGGAUUGACGGGCGGGUGCGUGGGAACCUCCGGCAGGCUGCGAUUGACCGUUUCAGUAAGCCGGACUCGGACCGCUUUGUCUUUCUACUCUGCACCAGGGCAGGAGGGCUCGGCAUUAAUCUGACCGCCGCCGACACCUGCAUCAUAUUUGACUCUGACUGGAACCCUCAGAACGACCUGCAGGCCCAGGCUCGCUGCCACAGGAUUGGUCAGAACAAAGCGGUGAAAGUGUACCGGCUAAUCACACGUAACUCGUAUGAGCGGGAGAUGUUUGACAGGGCCAGCCUCAAACUGGGAUUGGACAAGGCAGUGCUGCAGAGCAUGAGUGGGCGGGACAACAGCCUCGGGGGAGGAGGGCAGCAGAUCCAACAGCAGCUGUCCAAGAAGGAGAUUGAGGACCUUCUGAGACGUGGGGCAUACGGUGCCCUCAUGGACGAGGAAGACGAGGGAGCAAAGUUCUGUGAGGAAGACAUCGACCAGAUCCUCCAGCGCAGAACCAAGACCAUUACCAUCGAGUCCGAGGGGCGAGGCUCCACCUUCGCCAAGGCCAGCUUUGUAGCGUCGGGGAACCGCACAGACAUCUCUCUGGAUGACCCCAACUUCUGGGACAAGUGGGCCAAGAAAGCAGAGCUGGACCUGGACGCGGUCAACGGCAGAAACAGCCUGGUGAUUGACACGCCGCGCGUGCGCAAGCAGACACGCCCCUUCAGCGCCACCAAAGACGAGCUGGCGGAGCUGUCGGAGGGGGAGAGCAGUGGAGAUGACAAGCCCAAACUGCGACGCCCCCACGACCGUCUGAACAGCUACGGCCGCACCGAGUGCUUCCGCGUGGAGAAGAACCUGCUGGUGUAUGGGUGGGGCCGCUGGCGGGACAUCCUGCAACACGGCCGCUUUAAGAGGCCUCUGAGCGAGCGGGACGUGGAGUGGAUCUGCAGAGCGCUUCUCGCCUACUGCCUGGUGCAUUACCGCGGCGACGACAAGAUCAAGAGCUUCAUGUGGGACCUGAUUGCGCCAACGGAGGACGGCAGGACCAAGGAGCUUCAGAACCACCUGGGGCUCUCUACACCGGUUCCCAGAGGAAGGAAGGGGAAGAAGAUGAAGACUCAGUCCAGCACGUUUGACAUCCAGAAGGCCGAGUGGAUCCGGAAGCACAACCCGGAGCACAUGCUGUCUGACGACGGAUACAAGAAGCACCUCAAGCAUCACUGCAACAAGGUGUUGUUGAGGGUGAGAAUGUUGUACUAUCUGAAACAGGAGAUCAUCGGUGCACAGAAUCAAAAAGUGCUGGAUGGAGCAGAAGCAAGUGAGAUGGAAAUCUGGGUUCCCGAGCCUGAUCACUCUGAGCUACCUGUGUUAUGGUGGGACUCUCUCGCAGACAAAUGUCUGUUGAUAGGGGUCUACAAGCAUGGUUAUGAGAAAUACAACACUAUCCGUGCAGAUCCUGCCCUGUGCUUCCUGGAGCGGGUCGGCCGGCCGGAUGAGAAGGCCAUUGCCGCAGAGCAGAGAGGAAAUGACUUUAUGGAUGGGGACGUUGAUGAUCCGGAGUACAAGCCUGCUCCAGCUUUGCUGAAAGACGAUAUGGAGGACGACGCUUCGUCUCCGGGCGAUCUGGUCAUAACAGACACAGGAGGAGAAGGCGGGUCCAUGUUGGAUGGCGGGGGUGGUUCUCUUGGUUCCGGAGCAGGGGUGUACUGGCCGUCGCCGUCAGCCCUGACGGCUCGUCUCCGUCGUCUGAUCACGGCGUCGCAGCGCUUCACCAAGAGCAGACAGAUCCUGCAGAUCCAUCAGAGUCAGCAGUCUGUGACCCCUGACCUUUGCCCCCUGCCUCCCACCCUCAGUGAAACCCUCAACCCUAAAAUGGCUGCCAAGAUUGAGCGGCAGCAGAGGUGGACGAGGAGAGAGGAGGCCGAUUUCUACCGUGUGGUGUCGACAUUCGGCGUGGUGUUCGACCCGGACCUGGGCCACUUUGACUGGACCAAGUUCAGGGCAAUGGCACGCCUCCACAAGAAGACCGACGAGAGUCUCCAGAAAUACCUCUGUGCUUUCACUGCCAUGUGCAGAAGAGUGUGUCGCCUGCCCACCAGAGAGGGCGACGUGGUGGAUCCUGCCCUUUCCAUCCAGCCAAUCACAGAGGAGCGUGCUUCUCGCACCCUGUACCGUGUUGAGCUGCUCCGGCAGGUGCGGGAGCAGGUCCUGCGUCACCCACAGCUCUAUGACCGCUUGGCGCUCUGCCAGCCGGGCCCAGACCUGCCCGUUUGGUGGGAGCCAGGACCCCACGACCGGGACCUCUUGAUCGGGGCGGCCAAGCACGGGGUCAGCCGGACAGACUACCACAUCCUCCGUGACCCCGAGCUGAGCUUCAUGACGGCACAGAGGAACUACAGCCAGAACAAGGGGGCCCUGGCACCGAGCCAGGCCCAGAACCAGGCCCAGCUCCCGGGGCAGUCCCGCACGCCCACCCCCUUACUGCAGAGCCAGAGCCAGGCCCUCGGAGCCCCGGCGUCUCCUCUGGCCGACCCCGCACGCAGAGAGGAGGAGCCCGUGGCAAAGGCGGAGGUGCUUUCCGAAGGGGAGGAGAAGAGUGGGCAGAGGCUCGAGCAGGCAGAGAGGUGGAGUCCCACCGUCAGGCCUCCUACGCCCACGGGAGAGGGAGAGAGGGAGGGCUCGGAGAAAGGAACGGAGAGCGAGAGGCGCAUGGUGGCUGCCAGGACGAAGCCGCUCGCGCCCAACGCCGCCGCCAGGAAACCCAAGAAGACGAGCAAGAGGAGUCGCAGGGAGGCGAGGAAGCGGUCCGGCUCGGACUCGGACUCCGACGCCUCCUCCUCCAGCUCCUCCUCCAGCUCUUCAUCGAGGUCCUCCUCGUCGUCCUCGUCCUCGUCGCGGUCGGGGUCCAGCUCCUCGUCCUCCUCGUCUUCCUGCUCUUCCGGAUCGUCUUCUUCAUCGUCCUCAUCCUCGUCUUCCGAGGAGAGCGACGGCGAGGAUGUUCCGAAGAAUACCUCCACAGUUCCAGGUGUAAAAGGCUUUGAUGAGGACAGCAUUGCAUCGCACAGCACCACUCAAGAUGACAUGCAGGACAGUCAAGUGACCAACGGCAUCACUAACCUCUCCCACCCCUUCCAGGGCGGGUACAUGCUUGCUGCGUCUUAUUGGCCGAAGGACCGUGUCAUGAUAAAUCGGUUGGACAGUAUUUGCCAGGCUGUGCUGAAGGGUAAGUGGCCUGGCUCUCGCCGUGUGUACGAAGGGAACGCCGUGGCCUCCUUUUACACAACCAAACUCUUGGACAACGCGGCCUGCCUGGCAGACGACCCCGCGGCCUCCCCUCAGGGGUCAAAGGUGAAGAAGCAUGAUGCAGAAAGAGAAAAGGAGUUCUCAGUCAAAAUCAAUGACCAGGAAGGCAGUCUGAAGCUGACCUUCCAGAAGCAAGGCCCUCCCGUGAAGCGGCCAGGGGAGGAGAGCGUGCUGUCCCAGCAGCAGUACCUGGCCCGGCUACAGGAGCUCCAGAGCGCCUCCGACAGCAGCCUGACCGACUACACUAAAUCCCAGAACAGCUACCCGCAAGGUCUUGCGGGCCAGAUGCAUCUGAACGGAGUGGUUGGCGAUCAGCUGGUGGUGAAGAAGAGGAGAGGCAGACGGAAGAACGUGGAAGGGAUGGACCUUCUCUUCAUGAACAAGAACCGACCUGCUGCCCCGUCUGAGCGGACUCCGCCCACGUGGGGUGGGGGCGUGGCCACCGGUGCAGGCAUCAGUCAGGGCAUUGGGGGGCCACUGGACACCGAGAGCAGGGUCCCAGUUAUCAACCUCAACGACGGAACGCGACUGGCUGGGGACGACGCCCCAAGACGGAAGGACCUGGAACAGUGGUUGAAAGAGCACCCGGGCUUCGUGGCAGACGUUGGAGCUUUCAUUCCUGGGGUUAAUAAGAUGCAGUUUCAGGACGGGCGUCCCAAGCAGAAAAGGCAUCGCUGCAGAAACCCCAACAAGAUCGACGUGAACAGCCUCACCGGGGAGGAACGCGUCCAGAUCAUCAACCGGAGAAAUGCUAGGAAGAUUGGUGGUGCUUUCGCUCCGCCCUUGAAGGACCUGUGCCGAUUCCUCCAGGAGAACCCGGAGUACGGCGUUCCUCCGGAGUGGGCUGACGUCGUUAAACAGUCGGGCUACCUCCCAGAGAACAUGUUCGAUCGCAUCCUCACGGGCCCCAUCGUCCCCGAGGAGGUCAGCCGACGAGGCCGUCGGCCGAAGAAUGCCUUGGCCAAGGCGGCGGCGGCCGUGGCCGGAGGCAACGCCGCCCCGGGGCUCAACCCCCUCCUAGCCAACGGCCUCCUCGGCGGACUCGACCUGGGCAGCCUGCAGGCCCUGCAGAGCCUGCAGUCACUCCAGCUCACGGCCGGACUCAUGGGCCUGCCCGCCGACCCGGCCAACGUGGCCGCCAUGCUGCCCAUGAUGCUUUCCGGCAUGGCCGGGCUGCCGAACCUGCUCGGGAUGAGCGGCCUGCUAGGGAAGCAGGAGGCAUCGGCGGGAACCGCGGCAACAGAGGGAGAAGACGCCGGGAAGAAAAGGAGCAGGGACCCGACGGCUCGGGCCUCGAGCGUGGACAGCGAAGCAGAGAGGACAGAGGGCCAGAGCUCGGCUGCUAGCAGCUCCACGGCUCCCGGCUCAGCCCAGCUAAGUGCUUCGUCUUCGGGCCACCCCAUGGCCCUCAACCCCCUCCUCCUCUCCGGCAUGCUUUACCCAGGGAUGCUUCUUAACCCAGGCCUUAAUUUGCCUGUGGCCAAUCAGCCACAAGCUACUAACACUCAGUCCGCCCCUCCAGCUCAGCCCGCCCCCUCUGAGGCCAUGCGACAGCGUCCUGGCCAAUCGAAAGAGAAGGAUGAGGACGAAGGGGAGCCUGAGGAACAGAAGGAGAACAGUGGUCCAGAGGGCUCGGGGAAGGCGGAGUCAUCUUCCUCCGAGUCUGAAAGCUCCUCCUCCUCGUCGUCAGAGGAUUCAGAUUCCAGUGACGAAGACUGAGCCUUUAUACAUAUAUAAAUACAUAUUAUAUAUUUAUACACAUCUCUUAGAAAUGUAUUCAAAUGCAUAUAUAAGAGCACUUACAUCAUGAGUUUGAUUUUCAUGUAAAUAUAAGAACUAAAGUGUUGUGUAAUAAGGACAGGCGGGGGGCGGGGCUUAUGUGAUUCUACAGAUGCUGAAAUAGGAUUUCAGUGUUUGUUUAGGUACAAUGUUGUUUUGACAUUUUGCAUGUCCAAAAAAAAAACAAAAAACAAAAAAACUUUAGUAGAUUUAUGAACUUUGUGAACUUGUAUUGCACAAUGAUGUACAAUUGCAACCAACGAGAAAUCAGAAAAAGAAAAAAAAUUUGGCAUUACUGUAAUAAUUAUGUUGGGAUUUAAUUUUAUUAAAAAUGAGCUCAUACAUUAUUGCUCACGCGGAGCUGUAUAAUUAAUAUAUUUUGUGUGGGAGAAACAACCGUUUUGAUUUCUUUUGUAAAUCCUCUUGCAGGAUCGCACCCAUCUGGACUCCACAGACCACAGAGUACUUCAGCAAUAACGCAGGCAGCUAACGAAUGUCCCUGGAGCUGAUGCUGCUGUCCCUGCGCCUCCGUCUCGCUCACGCUGUCCCCCGGCUCACUUUCUUCUCCUCCGAUUUAAAACUUUUCUCUGUCGUUACUCUGCCCUCUUCUUGCUGGGAUUAAUUUCGCUCAGUAUUUCUUUCUCUCAAUCCCAUCUCCCUUUUCACUGUUCAUCUUCCCAAGCUUUUACGUUUUCGUUCCAUCCCACGCACAUUACAGACCAUCUCGGCCACCCAGACACUCGUUGCCCAGUUAGGAAUGCCUUCAGAUAACUCUUCCGCUGCAGUGAAACGCUGCCAAACCUCGGUGGUGGUGGGGUCGCUUACGUUCGUGUGUACACGGGGGGGACUGUCAUUGUACAAUGUAAUCUUAACAUGCGGCAGACGUUGGACGUGUAUUGGUAGUAUGAAGCAACUCUAUGGGCUGUGCCUACUGUUGUAUCCCUUACUGAGGUGGAGAGGCCUGUGUGUGUGUGGGUGGGUGUGUGUCUGAUGUAGUUUAACUACACACCAGAAUAGAGCAGGGAGAGAGUGUUUCUGAGGAGGAGGAAAGUUAACCAUAAUAACACAAGCAAGUGCUGCCUCAUGUUUUAGCUUUGCUAUUAGGGCUGCAGAUAACGACACUAACGAUGCCUAGACUUUGUGUGUGUGUGUGUGUGUGUAUAUGUGUGUGUGUGUGUGUGUGUGCGCGCGCGCGCGCAUGUUUUGUGUUUUGGAGCAACAUGGAGGCCUCUGGUCCUACUCAAAACCAGAACGCUUCCUUUAGAGUGCGUACACAUGUGCAUGACCGCCUCCAUGGAGUACUGGUAGUCCUCACCAGUAUGGCCAGUGUCGUAUCCAUGCACUUAGGACAUAUGGCGCUGCGCUGUCCUGCGCUUGCUUGGAAUAUUGCUUCAUUUUAAGAUUCUCUUAAAUCAUCUCAUGUCUGUAUUUGCCUAACUGCUGAAUCUAGUAUUGGAAUGCUGGUUGUGGGGGGGAAGGGUAAUAAAUAAAAAAGUGUUUAAAAGCGUCUUAGGAGCUAAUAAUGGUGUUAGCAAGCGCUGACAACUCGGUAGUCCGUGUCUCUGGGUUCUCAGACUCUGUUCCUAGGCGGCCACAAGCGUUGCAGUGUGGCGUUUCCAACGAACACCGUUUACGAAGUUGCAUAAGCAGAGUUGAGUAGUGCAGUAGCCAGGUAAUCCCUCACCUCUGCUGUCAGAAGACUUGGGACGUCUUGUUUGGGGAGGAAUGGCGGUGGUAGGGUGAGGGUGCGGCUUGGCGAUCCUCACCUUUGGUUGAGUCUUUACUAUCAGAAGAAACCCCUAGACUGCUGAUCCCUGGUCUGCGUGAUGGAGCAGCUCGAGCUCCCUCCUCCCCUGAUACACUUCCUGUCUGCUGGCUGAACUGUGUUCAGUGCAGGUUUACUUUAGGGAAAGCGCGGAAACAUUAGAUUACAUCUUUGCAUUAGGGGGAAUAAAUAUGUUUAUUUGGCAUCGCAGCAUAAACACUGUUAAGAAUUUUGCAAAUAGUGCCAAGAAAACUUGUGUAUAAUGUAGUAUUACUCAUCAUUAUGCAUACUAAUAUUCUUUAUUAGUAGUAUUUGAUUUAUGGUAAUUUUGCAGAUGCAGUAUCGGUGGGUGCCAGAAUUGUGAAAUAUCCAGAGGGAACAUUGGCUUUCUUUUUGUGCAGAUUUUGGUUCAUGUUUGGUUGGUUGUUUUUUUAACACAAAGAUCAGUGAACAUUCUGAGGAGCAGCCGUUCUAGGUCACCAUCCAUCGAGUCUCUCUGGUGUGUGCGCGUGGUGGAGGAGUUUUUUUAACGCUGUUUUAGAAGUGCUCUUAUGCCACACCUCUCCAUCCGCGCAGACGUGAGGGGAGCAAGUCAUUUACACUUUCCGUUGAAUCAGUUCAUUUAAUUCCAGUUUAAAACUUCAACAAAACACUGAAUAUUUGUUGACUCAUUCAUUCAUUCUACGUAAGCAAGGGUGAUUGGGGCACUGGAUUUCAGCACCUUUUCUUGUUCUGUACAUUUGGUAUGUUAUGAUGUUGCUACAUAAAACAGCGUUCUCUUUACUGUGAUAUAGGGCAGUAGACUAUUCGUCUUAGACUGUUGUGCACCUACUGAAACAGUUUGGACUUGAUGCUUUUUUUUCCCCUUUUCUUUACACACACAUCAUACAUCAACAUUUAGGUGUAUUAUAGAAUGAGUGCCGUGUCACCCACUCCUGCACUUGUAUUUGUAACCGUGAUCAUUCACGCCAUUAACAAACGUUUCCUUCAGUGGGUCACCCUGAGCACGUCCGGUUGACCCUCAUGUCCGUUUUGAGGAUCCCGUCGCCUCGUCUCAUCGAUGCUUACUCUUUGGCUCGCGCCUCAUCUUUUGUCUUACUGGAAGACGGGUUUCUGAUUCCGACCUGUAUCACACUUCUCUUACAUCACACUCAACCGUGUCGUUCUUAAAACACCUAGAAAAUGUCCACCUGGGAUAAAACCAAGGAAGUUCAGACUGAUCCAGCCUUGUGUUAACGUCGGGGCAGCUAGGAGUUUUCCUGCUGAGUCAUUAUGACUGUGGAACAGCUGUGUAUGUGAAUAAAGAUUUUACAUUUACAUUAAACAUUAAAAUCUUUUUUUGGGGGGGGGGGCUUUUUUUUUUUCUUUCUUGAAAAUGGUGUUAAUUCGUUCAGUAACUUGGAUCCCAUUUCAGGUGUAAUAUGUUGAUUUAUGUGUCAGAAGCUGGGGUGCUGACCCCUAACCCUGUAAUUUCCUCCCACUGACGCAGGAACACAAUGUCCAACAUGCAAAGAAUAAAAAGUGUAUACACUACUGUAAAGAUGCUUUUUUUAAAAAAAAAACCAAAAACAAAAAAAUUAUGUGAAGUAGAUGAACUGAUGCAAAUAGAAAUAUGGCCCUUUUCUUUCUGUGUAGGUUUUAGUUACGCUUUUGAUAGAUGAUGCUACACGUCAUUCUUUGAGUCCUUUGUGUGGCAGAAUUUUUUCUUUUGGACAGUUGCAAUAUUUGCAAGUUGUGUUCUGUGUAGUCGAAAAUACGUCAUGUAGUGGAGAAUACCUGUCUUAAGAAGUCAUUUCUAAUUUAUUGAAUUACUUUCUAUAUUAUAUAGAGGAAAUUGAGGUUUAAUUAUUUUUAUUAAACAUAUUCUGACUAUC